AUGGAUUUAAUUGGAAAAAUCAUACCAAUCUCAAGAAAGAAAAACUACUUCAUAAUCGUUGCAACAGACUACUUUACAAAGUGGGCUGAAGCAAAACCUUAUAAGGAAGUGAGUGAGUUUGAUGUUAUUCAAUUUAUAAAAGAAAUGAUAGUCCAUAGGUUUGGAAUUCCUCAAUCUAUAAUAGUGGACAAUGGAACCAUCUUUAAUGGAACUAGGGUAAAAGCCUUCACACAAGAAUAUGGUAUUCAAAUUUUGAAUUCCACACCAUAUUAUGCACAGGAAAAUGGUCAAGCAGAAGCCACUAAUAAGAUUAUCAAGAAUAAUUUGAGGAAAAUAGUGGCUAGAUAUCCUACAAGUUGGGACGAUUUGUUGUCUGAAGUAUUGUGCGCAUAUAGAAUUUCAAAAAGAAUGAGCAUAAACACUACCCCAUAUUCUUUAGUUUUUGGCCAUGAUGCAGUUUUACCCAUGGAGAUUACCGUGAGAUCAAUGAGGAUUACAAGGCAAAAUGAAUUGAUUCAUUUGGAUUAUCAAGAUGCGAUGUUUCUAGAACUUGAUGAAAUAGAUGAGGCAUGUAUGGUAGCUUUCGAUUCUAUUGUUGUACAAAAACAAAAAAUAUUUGAGAUUUAUAAUAAGAGAAUUAAGGCAAAGUCAUUUGCCAUUGGGGAUUUAGUUUGGAAAGUUAUCUUGCCUAUAGGAGUUAAUGAUCCAUAUCUGUGUAAAUGGUCUCCUAAUUGGGAUGGACCUUUCCUAGUUAGUGAGGUCUUUGAUGGAAAUGCUUAUAAGUUAAUGGAUACUAGUGGCAAUGAGCAUGCGAGAUCCAUUAACGGCAAGUUAUGGGUCUUGGGUUUGAUCGAUGUUUCUGGGUUUUUAAGAUUGGUCUUGGGUCAUGGUGUUUCAUUGGCAGUGGUGGCUGGUGAUUCAGCGGUGGGUUUGGCAGUGGCAAUGGGUGUGGAUCUUGGUGGUUGUUUAUGGUUCUGUGGGUUGGAAAUUUUGUUGGAAUUUUUUGGGUUUGUGAUGUGUUAA